CGACUGGCAUUCGGGGCGGGCCGGAGAAGGGGGCUCGACGCCCCGCGUGCACAUGUGCUAGCCCCGGCAGGCGGGAGCGCCUGGCGGCGGAGUCCGGGAGGAAGAGGGGGAGGGAGAGGCGCCCCGCUCGGCCGCCAAGGAGCUGCGGCUGCCAACAGGACGCCGAGUGCCCUGCGCAGCGACCCACCGGCUGACCCCCGCCUCCCCGCGCGGCCUGGAAGCAGAGGGUCUCCGGAGCACCACUAGGAGUGAUCCCUGAGCGCACACAAGGAGUAAAUGCUGAGCAGUACCAGAUUGCCACGUGGCCCUGAAGCAAACCUGCCCAGAGCACUGCACGCCAAUCCAGCUGCGGGUGAGGCCACACUGCUAACCGAGCCGGAAUCAUGGACUUCGUCAUGAAGCAGGCCCUGGGAGGGGCCACCAAGGACAUGGGCAAGAUGCUGGGGGGCGAGGAGGAGAAGGACCCUGACGCGCAGAAGAAGGAGGAGGAGCGGCAGGAGGCGCUGCGGCAGCAGGAGGAGGAGCGCAAGGCCAAGCACGCCCGCAUGGAGGCUGAGCGCGAGAAGGUCCGGCAGCAAAUCCGAGACAAGUACGGGCUGAAGAAGAAGGAGGAGAAGGAGGCGGAGGAGAAGGCGGCCCUGGAGCAGCCUUGCGAGGGAAGCUUGACCCGGCCCAAGAAGGCCAUCCCGGCCGGCUGCGGGGACGAGGAGGAGGAGGAGGACGAGAGCAUCCUGGACACGGUCCUCAAGUACCUGCCCGGCCCGCUGCAGGACAUGUUCAAGAAGUAACGCGCCGCCAGGCCCCAGCCCUGCGCCACUUCAUUAUAUUUUUUUUUGGUGGGGGGGCGGGGGGAGGGGUGUUUCUUUUCUUUCUUUCUUCAGUUCCGUCUCAAUUCUGAAGGGGGGAAACAUCAGUUGGCCUCUGCCCCCCCCAACCCCUUCCCAGGGGCUCCUCCUCCUCAGCGCCCCCUCCCCUGCACCCCCGGGGGUCUGCGGCCCCCACCUCUUUUUCCGAGUAGCCCGAAAAAGAAGGGAAGUUUGCUUUCCCCCCUGGCAGGGGUGCUGGUGGCGUGGAUGGGGGAGAAGCCGGUGUCCCGGACACCGACCGCCCCCCCGCCCCCCACUCCAAGAAGCCUAAGGUGUUAAGGUGACAUGGUGACCCCCAUACAUUCCUUCAUGCACCCCACUGCCAGGAGGGACCACUGUCCCCCGCCAGCCAAAGCGACGGCACGUUCCGGCCCUGCCCAGCUUGCUGACCUCUGGCCUCGCCCCCAGGUCAGGGCGGGGUGCUGGCGGCCUGGCCUGGGCAGGAGCCUGGGGCUCUCCUCCCCUCUCCCCCUCCGGCACCCAGCCCAGGAGCACCUUGUGCCCCGAACACCCCCCCGCGCCCCCUCCUCCCCCCACCAAAGAGGCAUAACUCCUGCCAAGCCAGUCCCUCCACACGGAUCCUCUUUGGACUUUAUCUGGGGAGGGUGGGUGGGGGACCCAGGGGAGGGCAGCCCCGAGUCUCCCUCCGCUCCCCUCCCAACUUAGGCCUAGGGGCCCCACUGCCAGGCUAGGCCCUGCUUGCCCAGCCAAGGGGCUUCCCAAGCCCACCUCCACCGCCCCCCCCAAGAAACUUGGAGCCAUUGGGCAGUGAAGGCCUGUGCCAUGGGACCCUCCCCCCAUCGGCGCAGCCAGACUGCCCCCAUCCCUCCCCGCCCCCGCCCCCCUCUCCCUGCCCUGUCCAUGUGCUUCCAAGGCCCCGUGGUCCCAGGGGGACCCUUCCUGGCCACAGCCCCAAGCCUUUGGGGGAGAAGCCGAUUCCCACUGGACAGAGGGCGUCUGUCUACUCAUCACACUGGCCAAGGACAAACUCUCCUCGGGGAUGUGUGUGUGUGGGGGGGGGGGGCGGGUAUUCCCCUGACCCCCAGAUCCUCAGAAGGGCUGUGGGGUCGGCAGGGGGGAGGAGUGUGGGGGAGCCCAGAGCAGAUGAAAGUGUGUGGUUGGUACAGGCUGUGACGGCAGCAGGCAGGGGGGACAGAGAAGUGUGUGGUGGUGGCGUAUGUGCCACAGGAUCCUGUCCUGGGAGUGUGUGUGUGUGUGUGUGUGUGUGUGUGUGUGUGUGUGUGUGUCUGAGUGUCUGUGUCUGUGUCCGUAUCUGUGUGUAUGAGCAUAAUUCUGUCCUGGAGUGUGUGGGUGUGUGCAUGAGUGCAUGUGGGUGUGUAUGUGUGAGCCUAACCCUGUCCCGAGAUUACAUGUGUGUUAGUCAUCGUAAUCCUGUUUUGAGACUGUGUGUUUAGUCAACAUAAUUCUGUCCUGAGAUUGUAUGUGUGUGUGUGUGUGUGUGUGCGCGCGCGCCCGCGCAUGCAUGUGUUGGUCAUGAAAUCCUGUCUUGAGAUUUAACAUGAGGCUGCGUGUACGGGUGCACAUGUGUGUGUGCAUGUGUCAGUCAUCGCCCCGUGCUGGAGACUGGAUUGUGAGGUCAGGCAGCCCUCCAGGCUUGCCAGUGGGGGUCUGUUGGCUUUCUGGGGUGGGGAAUCUGCUUCUGGAAGGGGUUUCUGUGGGGUCUGCCUAAGUGGACGGCGGGUGUGCUUGCCGGUGGGGGUCUGUCUGCCCGACUGAAGGCUGAGUCCGAGGUGUGUGACCCCAUGUCAUCGUGGACAGGGCUUGUCCCGUGUCGGCCUGUCUGUGUGAGUGUGUUUGGGUCCACCUGCAGGUCAGGAGCGAAGUGUGUGCCCAGGAGAACCUUCGGGCGGCACCGUGUGUGUGUGUGUGUGUGUGUGUGUGUGUGUGUGUGAGUGCACACACACACACACUCAGCGGCCCUGCGUGUGAGAAAGAACACAGGUGAGAUGCCCCGGUGGGCCCGGGACCCUUGGCCGCCGGUGGCCGCAUCCCACAGGAGACCUUGUUCUUGGCCUCUCGUCCUCCCCGCCCCUGGGGGGCUCCUGCCUGAAGCCCACAAAACCCCCUGGGCCAGACCCAGGCAGUGCCCCAAGAAGCCAUGCUGGGCCCGCCCCCGGGCCUGCCCCCAAACGCAGGGGCCAGGGAAGGGGGCGCCUUGCCCACCCCUGGAACCCCUGCCCUAGAGACCCCCUCUCAGCCCCGCCCCCCUGGUUGCAUUCUGCAGGUUUUUCCAUUUUAGUGGAUUUAUGCUUUUCUUUCAGAGACAGACGCGUGUCUGCUCUGUCCGUUUCCAAUAGUCAAAGCCAUAUCAGUUAGACUGCAAUACUUUCCAGACGAGACAAACCACCCGAGUGUGCAGGGAACCAGAAAGAGUUCCUGGUCUGUCCCUUCUCCGGCCCCCGUGCCCUGAGCUUCCCCGUCCCCCUGCUCUGCCCCCUCCCCAGUGCCCCCGUGUUCUGCCCCCACUAGGGGACCCCGUGUCUGUGACGGGGGGGGACCACGCGCAUCCCCCCAAUGUCUGCUCGUCUGUGUCUAUUCUCCCGGGUAGGAUGGUCGUUCUCGGGAGCCCUGGGGCGUCACAUCCGAGAAAGGCGGGGCCUGCUCCGGGGUCCCUAGACCCCGCGUGAGCUCCCCCCGCACCGAGGCCCAAGUGUUCGGAACCCUCUUGGUCUGGGGCUCAAGGAGCCCAGAGCAGAUGCUGGCGUGGAGAGUGCGGGAGGGGCAGUGGGGCCGAGGGCCUGGGGAGCUUCUGGCGUAUUAGAUCUCCCUAGCAGGCCUGAGGGGCUCUGGACCCUCAGAAGGCAGGCCUGGUGCUCUCUGAGGACCCCUGUGUCCCAGGGGCAGACCCGAUGCCUCCAGACUCCGGCCGGCACCCCAGCAGCAGGCCUGGAGGUCUUCCUGGAGGAGGCAGCAGGGGCAGGAUGCCAGCGGGGAAGACUCCUGGACCAUUCUCUCUGGGAUCAGGGAGGAUGUGAGAACCGUCACUCCUCACUGUGGAGAGACUCUAGCGUGGGAGCGUGUGUGCGCCACAGGCGUGGAGAGGGACAGGACGUAGCGGGGGUGGGAAGCCUGUGGGCCCACUGGCUGGGAGGGGGCUGAGCGGCAAACUGCGAGCCUGUGGCUACGGCGCCCCGAAAGGAAACGUGUAGCGCCGUCCCGGUCCAGGGGUGAGAACAGGAGGCCGGGGUGGGGACAGGGGUGUCCCCAAGACACACACACACACACACACACACACACACGCACACACACACGCACACACACACGCACAUGCACACACGCAUUACCCCCACACUCGAGCGCCGGGGCCUGGCCUGGGGGGUCGUCCCCCCUUCCGGCUACACCCUGACACUGGCCAGGUGGGCCCCGCCAAGCUAGGGAGGUGGGUGAGGUCUCUCCUGCACACAGGGGGGGCGCCCAGCUCCUCCAGGCUGAGGGUGCCAGCGAGAAGUGAGCCCGAGUCCAGGGGAGGAGGCGCCAGCGGGGGUCGGAAUCCCGCCCAGCUGCCCCGGAGCUGGACCACACGGCUACCUGCCGCCCCCCGCCCCCCGAGCCUGGAGCCUGGGGGCAGGACCGGGCACGCCCUCACCUCCAGAACCCUGGCACCCCAUAAUGGGUGCGGCUGUCCACGCCUCCUGCCAACCGGCCGGGUCACCCUCUUCCGGGACAGACUGACCGGAUGUGGGGGACAGGAGGCCCCUCCCUCUCCUCCCCCCGGGCUCCCGAUGCCACCCCCCAACUCCACUGGGAAGAACCUGGCAGGGGGGUGGAAGAGAACCCGCGGGAGAGACCCUCGGCCGUGGCGGAGGACGACCAUCCUGCUCCCCCGACCCCUGUGCUGUGUCCGUGUGUCCUGCUGCUUCCUUUACAUGUGUCAGUGCCUGGGGGGAGGGGAGGGACCCCCCCUCCACGCCCCCCCGAACCUGACCAAAAGCCAUGGCUGUCGCUCCCCCACUCUGUAUGACACAGAUGCUAAAGAUGUACCAAACCAUGACAACAAAGAAAAGGCCGUGUACAGCA